CAGGAGGCUUGUACAAGAAAAUCAUGUCCACAUCCAGUAGAACCCACAAAUGGCCAAGUAAACAGCAUAAAUGGAUCUUUUGUGUUCGGUUCACAAGUCCACUAUUCUUGUAAUGAGGGUUUUGACUUAAUUGGACAAAAAAUUCUAUAUUGUGAAAUUUCUGCUGAAACCAAUGAUGUGGACUGGAGUCAUGAUCCCCCACUAUGUGAAAAGAUUUUGUGUGCACCACCCCCCAAAAUACCAAAUGGAAAAUACACCAAUAGUGACAAGGACUUCUUUGUCUAUAAUGAAGUAGUAACUUAUAGUUGUGAUCGUUCAACUGGACCAGAUGAAUACUCACUUGUUGGAGAGAGCACUCUUAUUUGUUCUGGGAGGGAUGUCUGGAGCAGUGCCCCUCCUCAGUGUAAAGUUGUCAAAUGUGAACCUCCAAAUAUUCAAAAUGGAAAACUGGAAUCAGGAUUUUCAAGAAAAUAUUACUACAAAGCGACUAUUGUAUUUUCAUGUGACGAGGGAUAUUAUUAUAAAGACACCAACAUAGUUACCUGUGGAGCUGAAAGUACUUGGGAGCCUGGGAAGCCAGAAUGCUUUAAAGCGCCGAUUCCUGCCACUACCAAACCUCCGAUUUUGAGUCAUUCAGUGGUGACUUCUCCCAGUAUAAAAACUCCAAUUUCAGCUGUCUCAGGUUCCACGCCUACUCAUACAACCACUACUCCAGUUUCAAGUCAUCCAGGACGUCCUGAUGAUGGAACACCACCUAAAGGAACUGAGAAUUUAGGUGGAGGCAUCAUUGCUGUGAUUGUUCUUAGUGUAGUUGUUGGCAUUGCAGUAAUUGCUGGUGGCCUCUACGCGUUUCUUCACAAGAGGAAAAGAGGGGAAACAGAGGUUAGUGCUGCAUACAGCACUUACCAGAAUAAAUCAACCAAUCCGGCAUAGCAGACACACAAACUGGUGCAUCAGUUUAUCAUUUGAUCUGUUAAAAUGUUAAGGCCUACUAAAUUCAUACAGCUACCAUACUAGGAAACAGUAUGGAGAUUCCUUAAAAAAAUUUUAAAAGAACUGCCUUAUGAUCUGGCAAUUCCACUUCUGCCUUUAUAUGCAAAGGAAAUGAAAUUGCUGUGCAGAAGAGAUAGUUGUUCCUGGCUAUUGCAGCAACAUUUACGAGAGUCAAGAUGUGGAAAAUGUAAAUAUCAUCAAUGGAUAAAUUGAGAAAGAAAAUGCUUUGUAUAUAUACAUUGGAAUACUGUUCACUCAUGAAGGAAAGCCUUCCAUUUGUGAUCACAUGGGUAGACCCUCAGAGCGUUAUGCUAAGUUGAAAUAAGUGAGACAAAGAGAGGCAUAUAUGAUCUCACUUAUAUGUGGAAUAUAAAAAAACACCCAAUUGAAAUAGAAAUCUGAUUGAUGCCAGAGGUGGGAGAUACAGGGUUGGGGAAAUUGGGUGACAACUGUAAAAGGCAUAGAUUUCCAGUUAAAAGAUAAACAAGUACUGGAAUGUAAUUAAUGUACAGCAUGGUGCCUAUAAUUAGUACUAUUAUAUUGUAUAUUGGCAAGUUGCUAAGAGAGUAGAUAUUAGACAGUUUUGAUCAGAAGCAAAAAAAUUUUUUUUGUAACUGAGGUGAUGGAUGUUAAAUCUAUUGUGAUCAUUUUACAAAAUGUUACCAAAUGAUUACGCUAUACACCUUAAACUUGUACAAUGUUGUAUAUCAGUUUCAUGUCAAUAAAACUAGAAGGAAAAAAAAUAGCCUAUAAAAGUUAUCCUCUAGUUUCCUUCAGUCUUUUGAAUGCAACUGUUAAGACAAUGCUAACAUUUUAAUGUGACUUGAUUGCAGUCACCGUCCUUGGAUGCUGCUUUAAACGUGUGCAUUUGGAUAUGAACAUCUUGUCUGUUUUCACUUAAAUAACACAUGCAUUUAUAGGGAAUGUCAACACAGUAUGUAGCCCUGGUAGUCUUAAGGUUGGAAAUGACUUUUUUUUUUAAGAAAAUCUUGAACUUUAGUGAUUGAUAUAGUUCCAAUUGACAUUACAUUCUCAUUUGUAAAGGAAGUGAUUUUGAAAUCUUUUUUCAGUGAUUUAGAUUAAGACUCUUUUAAGAAUCAUUCUUUCAACAACCAACGUGUUUUAUAUAUUGUUUAUUGUCAAAAGUCUUUAGAAAUAAGUGUUCACAACUUCAGCCCAGAACAAGAACAGUGAAAAAUUGGGAUUUUGAACAAGUUUGAUUUCUCUAAGAAUAUGACUGGAAAAUACUCAAAGUUAAUAGGGUAAAAUUCUAUUCUUAAAAAAUUAGUUGUAACUAAAAAUCAUUUAUGAUCAAAAGCAGCUACAAGGUUAAUGUAUGGCAUUCAUCUUCACCUUUUAUCAAUAAACUGGUCUAGGAAAUAAUUCAGAAUCAGCUGCCUACUUUUGUAGAAGUGACAGGGCCCGCACACCCAUAGUGAGAAUGCCUGCUCCCAGUACAGAGGGCACUGCGGCCUUGUCCUCUUUUAGGGCAUCUUCUUAAAGGGAACUCCACACUUUAAGAACUAGAAAAUCCCCUCUAAAUUCUGGCUAUGGGUGAUUUUUUUUCUCCCUACGUGAAUAAGGAGAUGUCUUUCCUUAAGCAUGUUAUCUAAAACUAGGCAGUUUUGCAGGGAAUAAAUUCAUCUGAGAGCCUCCUGUUGUAUCGGCAUCUUAGUCUUUGUGAGCAUCUGACCUCAUCUGCUGAAAGGCAGAGUGAAAAUGAAGACACGUGUUUCAGAAAAGGAAACUUAACUUUGCGAAUUUGCUGUUGGUUGUAAAAAGGGAUGAAAAAAGGAAACAGCUGAGGUGGCACUUUAUACUCUGGAGGAAUAGAUCGUGGCUCUCAAGUCCUCACACCAGGCAGGGGUCUUUCAAAUAAUCCAGUGGGCAGAGGUGGGACCACCACUCCAAUUCCAAUUCCAUUUUUACAGGCUUUGUUUUACACUUUUAUAUUUAGUAGCACAAACGGGCCAAAGAAUGGUUGCCUUGAGAAGAUGGCUGGGAAUCCUGAGUGACCCGGCGGCAGUACUGAUUUACUCUAGGCCGUGUUUGUUGUACUGUAAGUGUCCCUUCCCUUUGUGAUCUCAGGCAGGUACUUUAGGAAGAGAAGCUUGAGCAGAAAUAGACAGGAAUUCUGAAUUAAAUCUGAAGUUGAAGUUUUACUGUACCUGGUUUCACAUACUUUUCAAGAACAUAGCACUUGUUUAGAAGGCGUGGCUGUACUAUUAAUAUUUUUUAAAGCCUGAUUGAGGCAUUUUCAACCAAAGAUUGUUAUGCUUACCAAAAUAAACUUUUAUAGUAGUUUCUGCUUCAGGUUUUUCUACUUAAUUUAUAUGUGAGGUUGAACUAUGGGUAUAAAGUAUGUUGUCUGUCAAAUAAUUUGUCAAAUAUGUGGGGAAACCAGUUUUUCUAGAGAAGUUGGUUUAAAUGAGGGUAAAGAAGCAUAUUUGAAUUUGCCAUUUUUUUUAAUUGGAGGAAUGUAUUUGCAUGUAUAGAGGUCUUCAUUAUUCAUUUUUGAAAAUUGGACCUUCAAAUCUAGUAAAUAAAAUGUGGGUUUGCAGAAA